UUAACCAAUAUGGCAGCGGUGAAAUCACCAUCUCUUAAUGGAUCUGUGCCGAAUUUAUCUUCAUCGUAUGGCUCUUCAUUAGAAGAUGUUGACUUAUUUGAAGCAACCACACUACAGGACGAAGUUCGAAAUAUACAGAGCGUCAUUCGGCUGACGAAGGAGAACCUGGAGCAGCUGAAUGCGACGUUUGCUGAUGCUGUACAUCCGCCGUCGAUGUACCUAGCUGAAUAUGAGGAACUAACGAACAAAUUGAACGAGUUGCAAAUGAAGGAGCAGAAACUUCAAGAACAGAUCAGCAAUGGAAGGGCGUCGCCCGUCCUCCCGUCCCUUCCGCCUGAGCCACCCAACACACCCUUGCUGCUCUCUCCCGGUGGCAGUGGUUACAGCUUUGGAAGCCCAAAGGUGGCGCCACGUUCGCCGCUGAGAUCUUUUAUUCGGGCACACCUACCUAAUCAGCAACGGACAUCUGUGAGCGUGCGUCCGGGCGUCACGUUGCGUGAAGCGUUGUCAAGGGCGCUGAAGCUGCGCAAGCUAACACCGGAGAUGUGUCGGGUCUGCGUGCGCGGCACCAGGGCGUGGGUGUCGUGGGAUGUCGACCUCACAGAGCUGGAGAGCCUCGAGAUCGAGAUUGAGCUGCUCGAACUCUUCGCGCCGAUCACGACACGCAUCUCGCACAACUUUGUCAGGAAGACUUUCUUCACGCUGGCCUUUUGCGAUUGCUGUCGCAAACUGCUUUUCCACGGUUUCCGAUGUCAGACGUGUGGUAUUCGGUUUCAUCCGCGCUGCGGUGCGGCUGUGCCCUCCCUCUGUGAACAAGUGAACGUUGAGAAUUACUACAGACACUUGUUAGCUCACAACGACAAAGCACUCGGCAUGGGGGCGCUAGCGUCGCCCUCUAACGUCGCGCGGUCGCCGUCGCCGUCACCCGUGCGUCGCAGCGCGCCGCAACCCGUGCCACGGUCCUCACAGACGGCGCCACUGGCUCACCGUGAGCGGAGCACGUCGGCACCGAACGUGUGUAUCAACCUCGUACAGCCGCAGGUGUCACUGGAAUUGGACGACCAGAUGAGAUUGCAGUACUCACGGGAAUCAGGUAGUGAUGUCUUCUGCAUGUGA